CUAUGUGAGACAUUCAAUACAGAAUAUGUUGUGGUUGUUGUUUUUGUUUGGGAUAAGUUGUCUGGUUUUUGUGGACACGGUGAGGGUGUCAGACUUUUAUCCUUUUGGUGAGGACGUUGGUGAUACGACAAUGCCUGCAAAUGAUGACGGGAGCUCGCCUAACAUUUCCAUUUCUGCGAAAUUCCCAUUUUUCAACCACCAACAUGACCAAUUAAUCGUGAGUACCAAUGGAGCUAUUUCAUUCCUGACCCCAGUGCCUGAAUAUACUCCGGAUCCUUUUCCGCUGGACGGGGACCGCAGACUUCUCACUCCCUUCUGGGCAGACGUGGAUACUACAAAAGGGGGGCAUGUCCGAUACAGGGAAACUACAGACCCCAAUAUACUAGACAAAGCUUCUCAUGAAAUCAAGGCAUAUUUUCCUGACUUUAGUCGUUUUCACGCUGCUUGGGUUUUUAUAGCUACGUGGGAUAAUGUAGCCUUUUUUGGAUGUUCAAGUAGUGGUUGUUUAAAGCAAAAUACUUUUCAAGCUGUACUGAUAACAAAUGGACAGCAUUCCUUUGCCAUUUUUAAUUAUGCAAACAUUGAAUGGACAACCGGAACUGAGAGUGGGGGAGACGAAAACAAUGGACUCGGAGGGACACCUGCUCAGGCAGGAUUCAAUGCCGGUGACGGGAAGGUGUUUGAUGCAGUUAAUGGGUCACAGACACCAGACAUCAUUACGAUAAACGAGAAAACCAAUGUCAAUGUACCAGGAAAGUUUGUGUUUAGGAUAGAUUCGUCAAAAGUGAUAACAGGGGGAUGUAACACCAAAGGGACCAUGAUAAUUUCACCAAGAAGCGGCCCUUUGUUUGGAGGUCAGCAUCUUACAUUGAGCGGACCUUGCAUUGAUCAGUACGAUGUCUUUAAAGUCAGGUUCAGCGGAAUAGGGAAGACUUUGACGUGUGAGAAGAAGAAUCAAUAUAGCUUUUACUGCAUCACACCUAGGUUUGACAAUACUGGAAAAAUCACAGUACAAGUAUCAUUACAUAGUAAAACCAAACGGAUGAGUGACACGUAUUUGAAUGGAUAUUACACUGUUUUGAAUCCAGUCUUUUGCAAAGCUAAUGUAAUUCGUAAUGACCCGGACAAUUGGAAAAAUGGUUCACAGUCAAUAUCGUGGAAAAAUAAUGUACCGGAACUAGAAAAUAGUAGCACGGUCGAUCUUGAAGUACACGCACUGAAGGAAAAAAAUGGGAAAUUAGACUUUGAGUGCUCAAAUACAGUAGCAAAUAUUUCAAAUUCUAUUGGUACGACAAACUUUAAUUUCAACAUCACUCAGCAAGUCGCCUUACUUAAGAUAAAGUCCCGUGUAAAAAGAAGGGGAAUGCCAUCCCCUGGAAUAUGGUCUGAUGUUUUCCUAAUAUCACAGUCAGGAGAAGAAGCCCGGCAGAUCUGUAAAAACUGGAUUAACUCGGAAAGUUCGUUUCCAGCAGUAGACCCCGGUGAACCCUGCCCAUGUACGAUACAGCAGGCUCGUGUAGACUACGUAAAAUAUCAACCCGAUCCUGAUUGCAACAUGUUCCAAAAGGAAUCAAAUGAAAAAGCCAACUGUCGCUAUAGACGUGAUGCCCAACAUUGUGUAAGACUACCAAGACCAAGCAAAGAUGGCAGUGAUAACGUUUGCUGUUAUAAUACAAAUGGAAAUUUAAUAGACUCCAGGGUAGAAGAAGGAGGCACAUAUCAACGAUAUCACUAUGGUGAGGGUGUUCCUUACGUCAGCAACUUUUACUAUGACGUCAUGCCGUUUCUGCAGUGUUGUCGUUUUUCACAGCCGUCCGCGAACGAUACUUCCGCUAAAGAAGAUACGUACAGCCUCUGUCAAAAUUAUCUAAAAUUAAGGAAUUAUAGCUCGUGUCAAAAUUACGAGCCUCCAAGGCUAGCUAGAACGAGCGGUGACCCUCACAUGACUACCCUAGAUGGGUUCAGUUAUACAUUUAAUGGAGCCGGUGAGUUCGUGUACAUAUACACAGAAGAUGAACUAUUAAAAAGCCAAAUCCGCUUUGAGCAAUUAAGAAAAGACGACGGAUCGUUUGUUCCUGCAACUGUAGCCACGGCUGUAGUAAUGGAGUAUGGAAAUAGUUCCGGGCGUUUAGAAGUUCGCCUUAACUCGAUCAGAACAGUUGAUGUUCUCCAUAAUUCUGAACUUCUAGUGUUUGAGGAGUCAAAUUGGAUGGAUCUUAACGGUGUGUCCAUCCUCUUGCUCCCGACUGAAAGCAAUAGUUCAGACGCUUCACUGAUGGUUAUGUUGAAAGAUAUCAAAAUAUCUUUCAACAUACAAGCCUCAAAGAGGAUAAUGAAUGUUCUACCGAUUGCUCAUGGGGAUGAGAUCAAAGGUUUGUAUAUGAAUUGCAGGAGCCAAGUCAUAUUACUGCCCUCAUUCCGUCCCGUGUUUGAGUCCUCCGUGUCGGUUACAGAGGAAGUGAGGGCGGUGUGUGGAGAAGACAAAGAUUGUAUUUUUGAUUUCUCUGUCACGGGAUUACGUGACGUAGCGGAGCAGUCCCGAACUUUCCAGAAACAGUUUCAGGAAUCCCAACAGGCGGCUGUGAUAGUGAUUACUUGCGAUGACUUGCCAACGGUCGCUGGAGGCGUGUGGAAAUCGACCAAUGGAAAUCUAGAAAACUCGUCUGCCGUCUUCAUUUGCAGAGAUAGGUACAGUUUGUCUGGCAGCUCCAGAAAUAUUACAUGCAAGAAUGGGUAUUGGGAACCGUAUGGAAAUAUUUCAUGUUUACGACAUGAUAGCGUUGUUAAAGAUCAACAAACCAACGCCACUACACCUUCAACAAAUGUUCCCGUCUACAUUGGAGUUGGAGGGGCACUCCUUUGUAUCUUCAUCUUUUGUGUAAUUCUUUUUAUAUCUAUGAUGAAGAAACGGAGGUUUAAGGGAUUGAAUAUCCAUACUGGAGUCGGAACAUCGAAGAUCACCCAAGAUGCCCAGGAAGAAGGUUUAAGUGCAGAGUUAUCUCAAAUGAAUGUUAAUAAAUCAAUGUCGCCUGCACGUUAA